GUAUCUACAGUAACUAUAGUCCAGGUUCCAACAGUAAUAAAAAUUAAAAACACAAAGCACUCAAUUUAUGACAACUCAAAUGGCAGAAGAAGGGAAAGCAGAUGCGCAGCUCUUUCAGCUUCUUUCCAAUCUCCUUCAGCAGGUGGAAGCACUGACUAAUCAGGAGGAAGUUGAAUUGCGUUCCAAAAUUGAAGCGCUUGGGUUGGAGGUAACAAAAGUUCCUGUGCAGUCAGAACAGCUUGAUGAGUUGGAAAUAGCAAGGGAGUUGGAUAAAUUAUCAGCAAAGUUGGAUGAUGUUGAUGAGAUGAUAUCCUCAACAAUAGCUGCUGACCCACAGGUUCAGUCACUCUUGAGUGGCACAGCUGAUGUAUGGAUGCCAGUUAUUAAAGCCACAGCUGAUGAGCGGCAGGCUUUUACUGGAUCAAUUGGAGAUGAUAGUACAGAAGCAAAAGGAAAAAGCUCCGGUUAACUCACCCAUCCAAUUCUGAAACCUUACUUUUUUUUUUUUUUAAAUUGGAAUUUUAACUAGCAUUUCUCUUUGCAUUUGCUGCAUUUCUAAUGAUUAAAUGUUUGUUUUUCCAUUUAUGUUGUGGAGAUGAAUUCAUUGUUCCUUUAUGCAUUUCUAAGCCUUUUUACCGUCCAAAUUUGCCAUGACCAUGGGAAUUAUUUAUGAGUAUUCUUAUAUUACACCA